AUGAGUGAAUACGUCACGUUAGUGUCCAGUGAUAACUACAAGUUCGUUGUGCUCAAAGAAGUGGCGCUGAUAUCUUCAGUGUUGAGGAAUACGCAAGGUUUUGAAGAAGGAAAGACAGGGAAGAUAAACUUGGAGAUGGAUGGAGAUAUUUUGGAAUGUAUUGUGGAAUACCUAUACUAUCACUACAAAUAUAAGGACCAGGCGGAACUGGGUAACAUUCCAGAGUUUAACAUUCCAACUCAUUUAGCAUUGGAGCUUUUGGUGAAGGCGGACUUCUUGGAUAUAUGA